UUGCAAAAGAUGACUUGGACUCAUUAUGUAGUACGUGAAAGCAGGCUGAACAAAGAAAAGCCGGAAAUUCGCUACGAGUAUGUAGUGUAUGUAUGUUCUUUUGGUCAUAAAAAGAAGCUGGAGGGCCAUGGUGAGAGAAUAAAAGGAUCAAAGUUUAGUGGUUGCAAGGCCAUGUUUCGUUUACGGUAUGAUGUGAACCGGUUCGUCAUAUCGUCGUCGAGGAUGAUACAUAACCAUCCUUGUGAUGAAAAGUGUUUGAAAAAUGAUCCAUGGUUCCGAAGAUUAAAUGAAGAUCAGUUGAAGGUUGUUCGGCCGAUGGUUGAGACUGGAAGUAAUGCAAAUUCAAUAGUUAAGUAUGCCAAAGACCAUUUUGGAAAGACAAUAACGGUGCAAUAUGUUAAUAAUUUAAAAUAUAAAGUUGUCGAAUGCUGUGGAAGCUUAAACGACGUAAUUGAAACGUUACGGAACAGUGGAAAAGUAUUCGUUUCUUAUGGGGGCGUGGCUAACCAGGUUACAAAGAUAGCAUUUAGCACGCACGAGCAAAUUGAAACGUACAAACGGUUCCCUGAAGUUGUGUGUUUGGAUUCAACAUACAACACGAGCAGGGGAAAUUAUAAACUCUUUCAGUUGCACAUGGUUUUUACUCAUCUACAAAUGCCAGAGUUCACAGUUGAUUUAGUUUUGAAGCUGUGUUGCAGAUGGACUUGGACAGCCUGUGGAGGUGUGGAUGUAAAUAUACCAGCUAUUUCGUCUCCAGAUUAUACUGAAACGAGCAGGUUGUAUCGCAUUCUACGCAGUAAAAUCCACACACUCAGUACACUUUUCGGACAGACGACGGUGCAGGACAUACUAAGGCAAUUGAUAGAUCAAGUUGAUGAAUUAAUACGCAUGAGGCGUCUGCCUACAGAUUCCGAACAUAAUACUCAAUAA